UCGAAACUAAAACCCUAAACCUAACCCUCCUCCAAUGUUGAUGGCCAACGAAUUGCCUGAAGAAUUGGUGACAGAGAUCCUGCUAUACCUUCCCGUCGUCUCUCUCUUGCGAUUUAAUUGCGUCUGCAAAUCCUGGUACGCUCUCAUUACUCACCAAAACUUCAUCAGAAAACACCUUCUACACAAUAAGAACAACAGCACCCUACUCCUUCUCUGGGAAGACGAAACUUCCGAAGAUGAUGCUGUAUCCUCGCUUUCUUGUGAAACACUCCAAUUAUCCCUUACACAACCUCUACCUCUACGGUUUACUGAGGUCACUUCUAUCGUGGGUUCUUGCGAUGGUAUUGUUUGUCUCAGCGAUGACGAUGCAUUGAAUGUUGUCAUAUGGAACCCUGCAACUAAAGAAACAAAGGUUGUACCCAAAUCAAGCCUGUCCCGCUUCUCCUAUGAUUAUCACAUCAAGUCUGGUAUCGGAUUUGGUUUUGAUGCCAAAACUAGUGACUACUUGAUAAUUAAGUUUUUUAGUCUCUUUGAUUCCAACGAAAGUGAUUAUUAUGAAGGCCAUGUCCCCUGUUAUACAAUAAGUGAGGUAUAUAGCUUAAGUGCCGAUUCUUGGAGAAAAGUUGAUAGCCGCCCAGGUUUAAUUGAUAUUAGAGCUAUGGAUACAUACAUCAAUGAGAUGGCUUCUUGGGAGGCAUUUGAUGAUGAUUGGGAGGGGGUUUUGUCAUUUGCCAUGAGCGGCGAGGUAUUUCUUAAAACACCGCUGCCAGAUGAUGUUUUGAAUGGUCGUGGUUGGAGAAACGUUUUUGUGUUUUUGUGUUGAAUGAAUCGAUUGUUGUGGCAUUUUGGAGCAGGGAAUUGUUGGAGAUUUUCUAUGAUAUAUGGUUGUUGCUUGAAGUUGGUGUUAAGGACUCAUGAACUAAGCUUUUCAGUAUUGGACCGUUUACAGAUUUUAAACAACCCCGACCUUUAGGAUUUUGGAAGGAAAUGAAUUUGAAAAGCACAACAGUUGUUGACAAUGCUUGAGGGCCAUCUUUCUAUAUCUGCUCCAAGCGUGUUUCAAGCCGCAUAUAUGUGUUGUGAUAAUAUUUUCUGCCGUCUUUCUCAAAAAUUUAUAUGGAGCAAUAGUGAAAAGAAUUUUGAGAUUAAAGGAGUACAAGGGUUCUGCAGAUGAUAUUUCUUUUACAUUUCAUUUGGAAUUAUUUUUUCAUUCUUCCAUAUGUUUAGUAUUUCUUAUGUUUGUUUUUUGAUAUUUCAUUCCUUCUAUUUCAUAGUAAUUUACUCUGGAAGAGGAUUUGGUACUUAGAUGUGGUUGAUGGGGUUCAUUGGACAUAGUUUUCAAAAUUGCCCUCUCUGAUUAGAGGUCGGAUGUGAUAAAAAAAAAUUACAUAGCACGUUAAAGAUGCUUG